AUGAGACCGGAAAGUGUGCGCGUCAUGGAUGAUUCCCAGCCUGCUUCAAAACGGCCACCAUCGUCUCUGUACCCAAACCCUCCACCAUCUCUUCCUUCCUCUUCCUUAAACGGCUGGCGACCGGUAUCUCUGACCCCCAUCAUGAGCAAACGCUUUGAAAGGAGACUGAAGAGAUUCGGCAAGAGCUCCUGCAUCCUCGAGGCCUUCUACCGCUGUGCCUUUGAGAGCAUCCUCACUGGACGCAUCACCACGUGGUAUGGCAACAGCACCGCUUACAACCACAAAGCUCACCAAAGAGUGGAGGCAGAAUGUGGCUUUGUGAUGAUGCUGAUGGCGAUAUACUGGGUGACGGAGGUGAUUCCACUGUCCAUGACCGCCAUGCUCCCCGCCAUUCUCUUCCCCCUCUUUGGCAUCAUGUCGUCCUCCAAUGUGGCAAAGGAGUAUUUUAAUAACUUCCACUUCCUGCUUGUGGGUGUUGUCUGCCUCGCCACGUCCAUCGAGAAGUGGGGCCUCCACCGCAGAGUCGCCCUGAGGCUCGUCACCUUGGUGGGGGUCAACCCUGCUGCAGAGAACGUACCCACGGCCUCCUGCAGGCGUCGGCAGGGCCGGAUGCUUUGCAAAGCCAUGUGCAUCGGCAUUGCCUACUCCUCCAGCAUUGGCGGCAUCACCACGCUGCCGGGAACCUCUGCUAACCUCAUAUUCUCUGAGUACCUCAACCACGUUUACCCAGACUGCAACAGCAUCAACUUUGCCAACUGGUUCCUGUUGUGCCUGCCCAUCAGUGUUAUCAUGCUGCUGCUGACAUGGUUCUGGCUGUACUGGCUCUUCAUUGGCUCAGAUUUCCGGCAGCUUUUCAGAGAAAAUUCUCAGGAGAUCUUCACCGGGGUGGUUUUUGUGGUGAUGGUUUUGUUGUGGUUGACCAGAUCUCCAGGUUUUGUACCCGGCUGGGGUUCCCUCUUCCCUCAUAAAUCCAACUACAUCACAGAUGCCACUGUGGCUCUGGUGCUGGGCGUCCUCCUCUUCUUUGUACCUGCUCACGGACCCUCCAGAAAAUAUGAGGCGAUGAUCUCUUGGAAAGAGUUUCAGGCCUCCAUGCCGUGGCAAGUUGCCCUGCUGGUUGGUGGAGGCUUUGCCCUCGCUAAAGGUGCAGAGGAGUCAGGUCUCUCUUUGUGGGUGGCCAGGCUGAUGACACCUCUGGGCGACCUCCCGGUCUUAGCAACAGUCACAAUUGCCUGUCUCAUUGUCACCACGCUAACAGAAGUGACCAGCAACGCCGCCACCAUCACCAUCUUCCUCCCCAUUCUCUCUCCUCUGGCCGAGGCCAUACACGUCAACCCGUUGUACAUCCUGAUCCCUGCCACCCUGUGCACAUCCUUCUCCUUCCUCCUGCCAGUGUCCAACCCGCCCAAUGCUGUGGUGUAUGCCUAUGGACACAUCACUAUCUUGGAUAUGGUGAAGGCGGGGCUUGGUGUCAACACGAUCGGAAUCCUCUCCCUCCUGCUGGCCAUGGCAACUUGGGGAAUUCCUCUGUUUUCGCUGGAUACAUACCCUGAGUGGGCACCGACCUUCAACUCCACGACACCUUGA